CAUUCCCCCCCUCUCCCCUUUUAUCAUCAAUAUUAUUGCUUUUUUUCAUUCUCAUUCAUCCCUCUUAACGCCUAGUCCUCCAGUGGUCAUUGGGAAUACAAGCAGCAGAGGAUACCCAGUCCUUUUGACUCUAUUCCUUUUCUCUCUAACGACUAUCGAAAAUUGCACAUUUCUUUGGUACACGCACUCUACUUCACCUACGCAAUCUCCUCUCCCUUUCCCUCUCUUUUUUCGGUGCAAUACUUCAUAUUCCUUUUACUUGACGAUCCAUCACUAGAGCAUAUUACCUGGAGUUCCUAUAUACACGAAAUUCUGUUCCCAUUCAAUCCAUAUCUCCUCCUCCAUUUUUGUGUAGAGCACAAAAAGCCAUUACCCACAACACCAAGACACUACAGGCAACCACAGGGAAGAAAAUUUAUUCUUCAUUAUUAAAUGCUUGGACUACAGAACAUGGCUAGUAGCAGCAGCGACAGCAGUAGUGGGUCGAGCUCGGCCAGCCAAGGCUUCAGCAGCACAUACGAGUUCAUGGAGCAGCCGCUGAGUCCCAUCGACUCGUUCAACCAGCGUUCGGAGCACAACAAGACCCUCGACAAGGGCGUAGGCACAGGAGGUGGGCCACUAUUGUCGUGGGAGAACCUGACGUACAGCGUCAAGGUGCGCGAAAAGAAGAAGAUGCACAUGCGCACAAUCCUGCACGGCAUCAGCGGCGAAAUCUACCCGGGUGAAGUGGUCGGGCUUCUGGGGCCGUCGGGGGCGGGCAAGACGACGCUGCUGAAUGUGCUCGCAGGGCGUAUCGAGGGCGGAGUGUUGAACGGCAAGGUUCUUUUCCGGGGCAAGAAGCGGGUGCCCGGGGUGUUCCGCCGCAAGGUCGCGUAUGUGGAGCAGGAGGACGUGAUGUUCCCGAUGCUGACAGUGGAGGAGACAAUCAUGUUUGCGGCGCGCCUGCGGCUGUCGAACAAGCAGUAUUCGCAAUUGCAGAAGGUAGAGCGGGUGGCUAGCGUGAUUCAGCAGCUGCGGCUCAGCCACGUCAAGAGCUCGCCGAUCGGCGAUAAUCUGAACCGGGGUGUUUCCGGCGGCGAGAAGAAGCGCGUCAGCAUUGGCGUCGGCAUGGUGACCGACCCGGAUAUGCUGGUGCUGGAUGAGCCGACUUCCGGCCUGGACAGCAACUCGGCGGAGAUGGUGGUGGAGCUGGUGCGCGAUAUCACACGGUCGCGCGGGAUCGCCUCGGUGAUGACGGUGCACCAGCCCAACUCGAACAUGCUAAGGUGCUUUGACCGGCUGCUGCUGGUGUCGCAGGGCCAUUUGGUGUAUUUUGGCUCAGCAGAGGCUGCCAUCCAGUACUUCGAGUCCAAGGGCUUCCCGUGCCCACUCAGGCAGAACCCGGCGGACUUUUUUAUCGACGUGAUGUCGCUCAACAACCGGUCGCCCGAGGAGCUCGAGGAGAGCCGUAGGCGCAUUGCGUUCCUGGCACAGUCGUUCGGCGAGGCCAUGCAUCCGACAGCCAAGCUCUCGCUGUCAUACGGCGGUAUGUACGAGAAAAUGCCGGCCAGUCCGCAGGACCCCGGGACCGGCAUCUUGACGCACGGCACAUUGUCGGGCAGCGCGCUGGAAUGGGGCAUGACGGCUGACGAGACGCCGCCGGAGCGCAUCAACUGGUUCUACGAGCUGCAGACAUUGAUAUACCGCGACAUUCUGACCACAGUGCGGCACCUUUCGUUUGCCAGCGCGGUCGGGAUCAACUCCAUCUCGGUGCUGCUGCUGCUUGGCCUGCUGUUCUACAAGAUCGGCAACGAGGUGACGUCGAUCCAGAACCGCAUUGGCCUGUUUUUCUCGCUGACGAUGAACUCCACGUACGGCAUCAUGUCGCACUAUCUGUACGUGUACUUCAAGUCCAAGGACAUCAUGCUGUCGGAGCGCGGCUCGGGCUCGUACCGGAUGUCGACGUUCUACAUAUCCAAGCUGGUGGUGUAUUUGCCGAUCGCGGUUCUGUCGAGCUGGGUGUACUUUAUCGGCAUAUACUUCAUGGCCGGGCUGCAGCCGGGCGCGGCCAAGGUGUUUACAUCGCUGAUGCUGUUUACGGUGCUGCUGGUGGUGACCAUGGGCGUGACGCUGAUGGUCGGGUCGUUUAUCAGCACAUAUGACCUGGCAUCGGUGGUCUGCGCAAUGAUUGUCACGACGUGGGUGAUAUUCGGCGGCCACCUGGCCAAUGCCGGCGAGCUGCUGGCGGUCAUUUCCUGGAUGCAGUACAUUUCGCCAGCAUUCUACGCAUACGAAGGCAUGGUGGCGACGGAGUUCAAUGGGCUGAAGCUGCAUUGCCAGGCGAACAACGGGCUGUGCAUGGCGCGUGGCGAGGACGUGGUGAAGCUGUACAAGCUGGACCAGUUCACAGUGGGCCAGUGUGCCGUGAUUGUCUUUGGCAUGGCCGUUGCUUACAAUGUCCUUGCAUACAUGUCGCUGCGGUGGAAGGCCAAGCCCAAGUACCUGUGGGUGUAGGGUGUUUUUCAACAGCUACAAGUUUUUCAAUAUAUUUCUCCUUCAAAUGCUGACCAAAAACAUUGUGUGCCUAGUCCUUCGACAGGUCAGCCAGUGCCGCAGCGUUCUUUUCCCAGUUCUUGCCGUCGAAACGGCAGGACCUCGAAGCUCCGCACGUUGUCCUUGCCCGUCAGC